AAAGCUCCCCAUAUGGGGAAGGGGGUGGGUGCGCUAUACGGGCUUACACCGCAAGAGGCGCUUAAAUCGCACCUUAACAAUUCUUACGCCGUCCCAAAAACUGGGCCAGCUUUUGAGCCAAGUGCUGCUCGAGUGUUGUUCCUUCCUACUACUCCGUGGUCUCAGAUUCAUUGUCCCCAAGUGUACGCACGAAAAUACAUACACUGUUGUCAUUCGUCAAGUAGCACGUGCCAAGCAAACAUUUACGGCUUUCCGUGCAGUCUACUCUAUUUAAUGUCAUUUGCGUUGGAUACAAGACGUCUAGUUGAUUUCUUUGCGUUGAUUUGAGUAUUUUUUGACUCGCCUAUAAUGGAAAAUCGCUUGGCGGAAUUAGCUGUGGAACUAUUCGAGAUCAACGCCGUGAAGUUCGGCAGCUUCGUAACAAAAGCCGGCCGGCCGACACCCGUCUGCUUUGAUCUAAGAGUAAUUAUUUCACAUCCGCGGUUGAUGAAGUCUGUGUCCACCUUACUGUGGACCCUGGCAGAAAAUGGCAAAAGUGCAUCACAAAUUUGUGGUAUGCCUUACACAGCGUUGCCAAUUGCGGCUUUGAUAUCUGCACAAUCAAACAUACCUUUGCUGAUAAGGAGGAAAGAGACUAAAUCCUUUAGGACAAAAAAAAUAAUUGAGGGCCAAUUCAGAGAGGGCGAAAAUUGCAUCAUAGUUGAAGACGUUGUGACGACCGGGAGUAGCGUUUUAGAGGCUGUAAAAGACCUAACCGAUGUAGGGUUGAAGGUUGAGGAAGCUGUCGUUAUUCUGGAUCGACAGCAGGGUGGUGAUCACAAUCUAAGCGCAGAGGGCAUCCGAAUGAGGAGCUUAUAUUCUCUGACUAGUUUAAUGCAAUACCUAUUGAAUGCAGGCAAAGUGACGUCAGCCAUCGUCGAAGACGUCAAAAAUUAUGUGGAACAAAAUAAAGAUCAAUUAAACAGCGAAGGAAACUCAGUGAGUCGAUUAAGAAUCGACUUCGCAUCACGAGCAAAACUUGCCAAGAACCCAGCGGCAGCAAAACUGUUCAAUAUAAUGUCGGCAAAGAAAAGUACUCUCUGUCUAGCAGUGGAUUUGACAAAAGCUGAUGAAGUUUUAGAUUUGGCGGAACUAGCGGGACCGCACAUAGCUGUUUUGAAAACUCAUGUCGAUCUACUUGAAGAUUUUACAUCUGAGUUUAUCGAUAAGUUGAAACAGCUGUCCAUAGAGCACAACUUCUUGAUAAUGGAGGACAGAAAGUUUGCUGAUAUUGGUCACACGGUAUCCUUGCAGUACAGAAAUGGGGUUUAUAAAAUAGCAGAAUGGGCAGAUUUUGUUACUGCCCAUACCGUUCCUGGUUCGAGUAUUGUUUCUGGUUUACAAGAUGGACUGAAGGGGAUUAAGGAAAGUCGGGGGAUAUUUUUAGUUGCAGAAAUGUCUAGUGAAGGAGCCUUAACCAUUGGAGAAUAUGUGAAACAUUCUGUUCUUUUGUCUGAAACGUCAAACCUAGUAGCUGGUUUAGUGUGUCAGUACAAUGUGUUCGAUGAUCCAGGUUUGAUACAACUCACGCCAGGAAUUAGAUUGGAAAAGUCCCGUGACGAUUUGGGACAGCAAUACAAGACUCCUCAAAUGGUGAUCAAUGCUGGGGCAGAUUUAGCCGUUGUCGGUAGAGGUGUUACAGCCGCGCAGGACAAAUUAUCAGCCAUCAUUCAGUAUAAAGAAAAACUAUGGCAAGCCUACAGUGAAAGGAUUAGUAAUUGAAAUGACACGUCAUUCUACUGGUUGUGAUUAGAAGUGCGAAAUACAAGUUGAAAAACUCAUACCUGACUUGGAUAAAGAGGUGAUUUGUAUUCAACCGGAUUGGAAAAGCUAACAGUGUAAUUAUAUGCGUCAAUCAGUGAAAUAUGUGAUCAUGUACAACAUACGUGGCGACAAUUAACUGGAAAAUGUAUUUCUCGUAAAGUGUUGGAUCAAAUGGAUAUUCCAACGCUACACCUAGUAGAAGUUAUUUUUUACAGAGUAAAUCAAUGGAAGAAGUCACUCGUGGAAAGUAUUGGUCAUGAACACUGUCAUAUACACAGGUCUGGGCACUCCAACCCCUUUCCUAUAUAACUCGGCGUGACCGUCUUGAAGCCUGUGUUUCUCAAUUUGUGCACCAAAGAUCGGAGCGCUGCAAUCUCCGAGGCUGGUGUGCAACGAAGAGAGGAAUAUAGGGCAGCCGUCUCUCUCCGUGCGCUUGCGUGCUAAGGCCGUGUUCGAAAAUUGACUGCCAGUAUUGUCGGCAAUCUUUUAUCUCUUUUGCGCUUCCAAGUUCGUGAAUAGCUCUGACUCUGCCCUAGGGAAUUUUCAGUACUGUAAGUCAAUUUACGAACACGGCCUAAGUCGGCCUCUCCCUCAUUAGCGCUAGCGGCAAAAAUUCACAACAUCGGCUUCAUUUUCGUGCACGGUUUCACAGCCGGAGUGUCCCAGACCUGUCUAUAAGACCGUGGUCAUGAAUUUACUCUGCUAAUAUGUCGCAAAACAGUAGGAUGAAAAACUUGAGUUAUUCACCUUAAUUAUUCUAACAAUAAUACGUAAUGUUGAAUAAUGUUGAAAAAAUUCACGAUAGGAUUUACAGUGCACCUCCUUCACAUUACAUUACAAUUCUGCAGCAUUAUCUUAAAUUCGACAUAAAAUUUUGCUGGAUGUAUGCAGUAAUUUUGAGCUUUAAUUGAAAAGUAAAUGUCUUAAAUUUACACCACAUCGUUUACCACAGUUAGAAGCUAAAGUGAAAUCACCUGUUUAUAAACAACGGAUCUCGGUGUAUCUGAACCCAAGAUACAAUCAGUAUGGUAUAAGAUUUCUUUUUUGCUUUUAAAUUUUUUUUACUUUUAAAUCUCAUUGUCAUUAUCAUUGUUAUUUUUACUAUCCAUUGUUACAAUUUGUGCGCAUAUGAAAUUGUUGAAUACAAUUUUUUUCAUAUCACUUAUGGUAUUCAUUUACACAAGCUUUACAAGUAAUCAAAUAAACCUGCCAAGAAAGUAGAAUGUUAAGCGACUUGUUACCUUUGUAAGUACUUUCAUAUAAUACUUGAUAUUCAACUUG